UACCUCAGCGCACACGACCAGCAGGGGACUCACUCCAGCUAAUUAUUUCAACAAAUGGCACCUGUUCCUUUCAAAGCAAAAAGCCGGGAGGCAAAGGGACUGCCUUGUGUCUGGUUCGAUACAAUUUUCAGAGUAACAAGUCUGAGAAACUAGAAAAACCACUGCGUGAUCAUUUGGCAACGAUCCACGCAAAAAAAAAAGAAUAUCACAGCAACCGGAACAGGUGUAGAGGACUUAGCGUCAGUAAGAGCAGCCUUGAGAAAAACACCCACUCAGGAUCAUGCGUUGGUACCUCAGCCGGCGUAUGUCCCCCCUGAAGCUUGUGCUUCUAGGGGGGACUCUCUUUAUGGUGGCCCUCGUUGUUCUCCAGAAGGAUGUCAGUUCUUCUCCUGCUAGUGACCCCUGGUUGCAGGAGCUGGUGGACAAGGGGGACAAGGUGAUGGUCAUGGUCAGAGAUGCUGUCAACAACAUGCGGUUCCAGAUCGGAGCUCCUCAGCCUCCCCCAGUGCAGCCCCAACCCACUGAAGAUGCCAAAUGCCCCUCUGGACACUACACCCAGGCUGAGCUCAAACCACACCUGGAUAGACCACCCCAGGACCCCAAUAGCCCCGGGGCCUAUGGGAAAGGAUUUAAAAAAGACCCACUGUCCCCAGAGGAGCAAAAGGAAAAAUCAGAUGGCAUGUCACGGCACUGUUUCAACCAAUUUGCCAGCGACCGCAUAUCACUCAGCCGCAGUCUUGGGGAUGACACAAGACCUCCAGAGUGUGUGGACAGAAAGUUUCAGCGCUGUCCUCCUCUACCAACCACCAGUGUUAUUAUCGUCUUCCACAAUGAGGCUUGGUCCACCCUCCUCAGAACCGUCUACAGCGUCCUGCACUCAUCUCCUGCUUUCCUGCUUAAAGAGAUCAUCCUGGUAGAUGAUGCCAGCGUUGCAGACCACCUCAAGACCAAACUGGAGGAAUAUGUGGAGCAGCUGAAGAUUGUCAAAGUAGUGAGGCAGCCGCUGAGGAAGGGCCUUAUCACUGCCAGGCUGCUUGGUGCCAGUAUCGCUCAGGGCGAGGUGCUCACCUUUCUGGAUGCUCACUGUGAGUGUUUCCACGGUUGGCUUGAGCCGCUGUUGGCCCGUAUUGUCGAAGAACCAACAGCUGUGGUUAGUCCAGAGAUUGCCACUAUUGACCUCAACAAUUUUCAGUUCAACAAGCCUUCCCCCCACAGCCGUGCUUACAACCGUGGUAACUUUGACUGGAGCCUUACCUUCGGCUGGGAGCAAAUCCCUGAGUCUGCAAAGUUGCUGCGCAAGGAUGAAACAUACCCAGUAAAAACACCUACAUUCGCCGGAGGUCUCUUCUCAAUAUCGAAGAAGUAUUUUGAACACAUCGGAACUUACGAUGACAAGAUGGAGAUCUGGGGUGGGGAAAAUGUGGAGAUGUCCUUCAGGGUGUGGCAGUGUGGGGGUCAGCUCGAGAUCAUCCCAUGUUCUGUGGUUGGCCAUGUUUUCCGUACCAAGAGCCCCCACACUUUUCCAAAGGGAACAGAGGUCAUCACUCGCAAUCAGGUUCGCCUGGCUGAGGUCUGGAUGGAUGACUACAAACAAAUCUUCUAUCGUCGCAAUAAGAAUGCUGCAGAUAUGGCCAGAAUGCAUAAUUAUGGAGACAUCUCAGAUCGAGUGAAUCUGAGAGAGAGGCUGAAGUGCAAUAACUUCACCUGGUUCUUGAGCAACGUCUACCCAGAGGCCUUCGUGCCAGAUUUAAACCCAAUAAAAUUUGGAACAAUCAGAAACUUAGGAUCUGGGACUUGUCUUGAUGUUGGAGAAAGCAACGAGGGAGGGAAACCUGUGAUCAUGUACCACUGUCACAACAUGGGAGGCAACCAGUACUUUGAGUACUCUUCUCAUAAAGAGUUGCGUCAUAACAUUGGCAAGCAGCUUUGUCUUCAUGCCUCGCCCCAGUCUCAACCAGUGAAGAUUGAGCUCUGCAGUUUGAAAGGGAGGGGCACAAGUUUGUCACCGCAACAAGAAUGGGCGUUUACAGAGGACAAUCUUUUAAAGAAUCCAAGCAGUGGAAAAUGUUUACAGCUAAAUGGAGCCCAGAUUCAGAUGGACAACUGUGACGCUGCUAACAACUACCAGCACUGGAGCUUCAGCUGACCCCUAACUCAGACAAUCAGGUGACCUCUGGCACCGAACGGGCCUUCCUCAGACUCUGCUGUGAAGGGCCAACUCAGAAUUGAUCCAGACGGCUUCAUACUGUGGUGCUCGUGUGUUGGGCUGUUCAGAGCAGACAGAUGGAAGAUGGUGACCAAAGUGAUCACAGUCACAUCUGUCGAGGAUGCUUGGGUUGGCGUUGACCUUUUUUAAAAUGUAUUUAUGAUGGAAACCGGGGAAAAGACAUUUAAAGGUGGCAAGGGAUUAUCAAGAAGAGCAUAGACUCAACAUCCAGGAGGUACUACCUCAUGGUGGAGCUAUUCCCUUCACCUGCAAUAAUCUUAAUUCAGGGAAUUGACAAUCCAGCUUGGAAAAGUCACUAUUCUGUGACUUCCUAAAGUCUGGUGUUGAUUGUUGAAAUUUGACAAUUUGAAAGAGUAUGUGAUUUCUUUUUUUUUUUUUUUUUUUUUUUAAUAAAAAGUGUAUUUAAAUGUGAAAGAUAUUUGCUUAUUGAUAUCACUGAGUAAUUUCUUUCACCAUGUGUAUUUAUAAUAAAAGAGCAUUGAGUAACUUCCAGUGUGUUAAUGUUGGG